CGACGAACUCAAAUGACAUGACGGUGGAGGCUUGUGCAAACUUCUGCUCGGAAUAUACUUACUUUGGUCUACAAUACUCCGCAGAAUGCUACUGCGGCUCCAAACUUAGCAGUAGUUCCACUCUUGGGCCCGACAAUCAGUGCUCCAUGACUUGCAAAGGAAGCAAUAGCGAGUAUUGCGGAGCUGGAGGAAGAACGCAGGUCUAUCAAAAGAAUGGCACAGCUCCGAGUCUCUCUUCUGUAACCUCAUCCUCCUUAACCGCAACCUCAUUUUCUUCGUCCCCUUCAUCAAUCCCCACUGACUCCCUUUCUGGAUACCUCGCGCUAGGUUGCUACAACGAGACUCAUGAUCGUAGAGCUCUGGCCAGCGAUAGCACAAGCGGCGAAGCCAACACACUAGAAUCAUGUGCUCAAUACUGCUCGAGCUACCGGUAUUUUGGCGUUGAGUAUAGCUCUGAGUGCUACUGCGACAACAACAUCUGCUCUCUCUCCAUCAAACAGAACACCGACGACGGUUGCUCGAUGCCCUGUGCCGGCGACUCCACCGAAACCUGCGGCGGCCCAGACUUCCUGAACAUAUACUACUCCAACAAAACCAUCCCAAUAACCUCACCAACACCUCCCUCCUCUUCAACCUCCCCAACAGCCACGCCAACCUCCCCUAUCGUCGUCCCAUCAGCAGGGCCCUACACAUCCAUCGGCUGCUACAACGAAAUCCCCGGCCGCGCCCUCACCCUCAACAGCGCCGCCAACACCUCCAUGACCGUCGAGCUCUGCGCCGCCUUCUGCUUCCCCACCGCCUUCUUCGGGGUCGAAUACAGCACCGAAUGCUACUGCGGCACCGCCAUCCCCCCGUCCUCCACCCCCACCACCGACGGCCGCUGCCACAUGCCCUGCGCGAACAACAGCGCUGAGAUCUGCGGCGGACCAAACGGGCUGAAUAUGUACCAGCUCCAGCUAAACCCCAGCUCCCCUACCAGCUUUACGCCUACACCUACCCCAACCACCGCCCCGCCGACCGUCGGCGCAUACAGCUCGCUAGGCUGCUACGCCGAAAAGCCCGCCGGCCGCGCGCUGCCGACCCCCUAUUACAACGACAGCAUGACCAUCGAGCUCUGCGCCGCGCAAGCUGGGGCAGGGCACUGGACCUACUUCGGCCUCGAGUACGGGCGCGAGUGCUGGAUGGGGAACGCUCUCGACCCGGCUGCGCAGCCGGUGGCUCAGGCGUUCUGUGGGAUGCUGUGUCCGGGGAACGCAUUGGAGUGGUGCGGUGCUGGGAAUGAUCUGCAGUUGUAUAGUUCGAAGCUCAGUCCCGCGGAUACGUCGAGUGUAUUGCCGACGGCGUCGGACGCGGGUAGGGGAUGAGGUUGGUGGUGAGGGACAUCGCGGGAGUCGUACUACACGAGAU